UGAAAACUCCAGUAGAUACAAGACAGAUGCAUAGAACAGCUAGGAGCUGCAACCAUGUCCAUGGAGAACAUCUAUGCAAACAUCAGCAAGACUACUGACCAGAUCAGGCAGAGGAGCAACGCAACUCAAUGCCCAGGAUCUGAGUCUGCAGGGAGACGAGACCACAGACCGGCUGCAGUGUGUCUGGGGCUGCUGUGUUUCCUGCUGCUGACAGCCGUCACAGCGCUGGCUGUUUACCACAGCAGAGUUAUUCACCAAGCAGAGAAAGAGCACAACAACCUGAGAAAAGAGAGAGACCAGCUUCUGCUGAAUUACAGCCUGCAGACUGUAGAGAGAGACCAGCUACUGCUGAAUUACAGCUUGCAGACGGCAGAGAGAGACCAGCUACUCAUGAAGCUUGAUAAAUGCAACAAGAGUUACAUCUGUCCAUUGGAGUGGAGGCGAUUCAAAUGCAGCUGUUACUCCAUAUCCAUUGAGGAGAAGACCUGGAGUGACAGCCGACAGGCCUGUAUGCAGUCAGGAGCCGACCUGGCGAUCAUCAACAGCAGAGAGGAGCAGGAGUUUAUGAACAGAAUUCCUGGAGAAUUCUGGAUCGGUCUCAGUGACAGUGAGAGAGAAGGAAUCUGGAAAUGGGUGGAUGGAACAACAAUUCCUGUAGAGAAAGGUGAGCCUCAGCAAUGUAGCUGUUUGUGUUUCCCAGGAUCUGAGUCUGCAGGGAGACGAGACCACAGACCGGCUGUAGCGUGUCUGGGGCUGCUGUGUUUCCUGCUGCUGACAGCUGUCACAGCGCUGGCUGUUUACCAUAGCAGAGUUAUUCACUACGCACAGACAGAGCACAGUACCCUGCAAAAAGAGAGAGACCAGCUACUGCUGAAUUACAGCCUGCAGACAGCAGAGAGAGACCAGCUACUGCUGAAUUACAGCCUGCAGACUGCAGAGAGAGACCAGCUACUGCUGGAUUACAGCCUGCAGACUGCAGAGAGAGACCAGCUACUGCUGAAUUACAGCCUGCAGACUGCAGAGAGAGACCAGCUACUGCUGGAUUACAGCCUGCAGACUGCAGAGAGAGACCAGCUACUGCUGAAUUACAGCCGGCAGACUGCAGAGAGAGACCAGCUACUUAUGAAGUAUAAUAAAUACUGCAACAAGAGCUACAUCUGUCCAUGGGAUUGGAGAAGAUUCAAAUGCAGCUGUUACUACAUUUCCACGGAGGAGAAGACCUGGAGUGACAGCCGACAGGCCUGUAUGCAGUCAGGAGCCGACCUGGCGAUCAUCAACAGCAGAGAGGAGCAGGAGUUUAUGAACAGCAUUCCUGGAGAUUUCUGGAUCGGUCUGAGUGAUACUGAGAGAGAAGGAACCUGGAAAUGGGUGGAUGGAACAACAAUUCCUGUAGAGAAAGGGUUCUGGCGAGCAAAUCCUCCGCAGCCUGAUAACUACGAAGAUAAUGAAGACUGCGUGGAGUUCAGUACCGUGUAUUCUGUUCCUUUUCAGAGGUGGAACGACCGUCCAUGUGAGGAUAAUAUAAAAUGGAUUUGUGAAUCCGCAACCAGCUGUUAACCCACAAAUGGAGGGUCUCUCCAUCACUCACUGCUGGCUAUAGAUGGACAGUCAGGCUGAAAUGUUUAUUUUCAUUGCUGUUGAGAAGAAGUAGUUUAAUCUUUGCUCUUCUGCAGCAAGAAGAAAAGUUUUUUUAAAUGUUUAUGUGCUUUUCUGUUAUAUCCCAUAAUACUUUUUAUUCAAAUUUAAUAUUGUAGAUUAUGGUUUAUUUUGAGCGAUUAUCUUUAUUCAUAUGCUAUUAUCGUCAUUUAUGUUUUUUAGAACUUUUUAUGCUCUUUUAUACCACUUUAUCAGACGCACCGACUUGCUAUUGGGUAAGACGCUCUUCUGCUUCUGUAUGUGGUUGAUCAUAUGACCAUGACUAUCAUAAAGCUUAUGUGUUUAGAGACGCCCUCCUGCACGUCACUGCUGUACUGAGUGGUGGACAUAGUCAGUUUUCUCUUCUUCAUUUUGUAAUAAAAGGUCAGGGUUCACAGCAGAUCUACAACUGAAUGAUAAAGCCUUUUUCCUCUUGCCCCCCCCCCCCACAUAAAC